GCGACCGGGUACCCGCUUGCGUACGUCGCUGCGAAGCUGGCCCUGGGCGGCGACCUGGUGAAUCUGCGCAACAGCGUCACAAGGUGCACCACUGCCUGCUUCGAGCCGAGCCUCGACUACGUCGUCGCGAAGGUUCCCCGCUGGGACCUGCGCAAAUUCUCGACGGUGGACCCGGAGGUCGGCAGCUGCAUGAAGAGCGUGGGAGAAGUGAUGUCCAUCGGGCGCACGUUCGAGGAGACCAUCCAGAAGGCCCGAGCAGCGGACUCCACCCGUGGAAUCGAAGACGCGUGCGAGGCCGCGGCGGCGCUGCCCAGGCGGAGCUGGAUGGCGGUCUCGGCGGGCGCCAAGAAGGCAGGGACCGAGGCGCUGCGGGCCGCUGGUGCGGACGUCUCAGACGACGACGUCGCGGGGCUCGUCCUGAAGGUGCGAUCGACGUUGAACGCGGGGCGGGCCCCCCGCUCGAAGCUGGACGAGGCGCGACGGCUGGAGGCAGCGCUGGACCCGGUGGCCGUCCGCCUGGCUUUGGGGAACCCUGAGGUCCCGGGCUCCGAGAUGGCCGAGGCCCUCUGGGGGUUCACAGAGGCCGCCACGUUCUCCACUCAGGCGGAGAGUCGGAUUCGACGAGUAGCCGCCGACACCGACGGCUGGGAGAAGGUCGCGGACCGGAUCUGGGCCCGUGCCGUCGGCGAGGACGGGGACACGCUGCCCGUCGACUGGGUGCUGCACCUGGGCAUCGGUCUCUUCCUGUCCAGCCUGGUGGUGGUGCUGUGGGCCGACUCAGGGCGGCACCGCCUGGCGGGCGCGGCAGUGGGGCUGUGCGGGACCUCCCUGCUCGUGCGGCGCGUGCCCGAGCGUGUGACCGCCUGGUGGUCGCGCUGGGGGCGGCGCUCGGCCUUCGCCGCGGCGCUCAGCAGCGGCGGGGACGGCCUGGACCUCGCUGCCGCCGAGGACGACGGCGCGGCCUGGGGCGCUCCGGGGGCCCCGACGCCCAAGGGGAGCUGCGCGGCGACCGCGGAGGCACCUACGGGCCCGCUGCUCCCGCCUGGGCUCGCGGCGCUGCCGCCACCGCCGUGGGCCCCACCUGCCGAGGGCGCGGGCGCGGGUGCCGCGACGGCGAAGCCCGGCUCGCAGGACCUGGCGGCGCUGCGGGCUUUCGCCCAGGGGAGCGAGGUGCAGAUGGUGAUGGCCACGCUCCGCGAGUUCCAGGCGCAGGCCGCCACGAACGUUUACUGGGCCUGGCACUUCUGGGAGAGAAUCGCGGCCGUGGACGGUACCCUGGGGCUGCGCCCUGACCUGCGACGAGUGCUGCAGACCCGCGGCUACGUGGGCGCGGGGGCGAAGUCCCCGCCAGGAGGGUCGCUGCCGCAGGAGCUGGACGCGCUGCUCUCCUCUGCCACGGCGCCGCGCGGCGCGGGCAUGCAGGCCUCCCCCGGUUGGGCCGUGGCCCCGCAGACCCAGCAGCAGCAAGAGGACAGCCGCUGGAACCUGAGCCCCCCGCCGGAUCUGAGGCGCGCGGCGCCGGAGAUCUACCGCGCCAUGCGGGGGGCGGGGGCGGCCAGCGCACGCGACUGGCUGUCGCAGGAGGUGACGGGCCAGCGGCGCACGCCGGUCUGGACCGAUCUGUGGACCGCCGCCACCAACGUGGACUACUUGCUGGGCGGGUGUAAGACUCAGUCCGAGCUGCUCACCCGCCUGGCGUCCGACGACGCGCUGGAGCUGCACUUGAGGCGGCUGGCGAGCUACGUCUACGAGAUGCGGACGAAGGACAAGGUGGGGGCGGCGGCAAUGUUGGCUGUUCGCCCGCCCGGGUCGGCCGCCGACUUGGCCCCCGCCUGGCUGGUGACCGAGGCCACGACCCACAGCAAGGCUGAGCACCAGCGCGACGAGAGGGUCCACGCAGCCAGCAAGCGCGACGGCCGAGGUGCCCCGCCGCCGCGGGUGCAGCCUAAAAUGCCAGUGACGGGUUUGCCUGGCUCGCUGACGCGGGCCCUGCAGUGGAAGGAGGCCGAGGCCCGGUUGAGGACGCGCUGGGCUCGACGCAUGCGCGUGUGGCGUCGGGCCUGCGGGCUCAUCGAGCUCAUGAAUGGGAUGGACCGCGGAUCCCUGGAGGCGAGACCAGCGGGCCAGCGCGAGUCGAGCGACGACGAGAUGAUGCUGGCCUGGCAGCUCGUGCAGCAGUACGCGCUACAGGACGCGGCGCGGUACGAGCACGACUGCCGGGGGCUUGCCCCGACAGGCGGUCAAGGGGCGGAUCUUGCCUGCGACAGAGGACCGCAGGACGCCUACACUGGAGAGCGCAAGGGUGUGAGCAGGCACGUGACGAUGUGCGCAGCGGCGGUGGCAGAGCCGCCUGAUGACAUGGUCGUGGACCUGCUGGAGGCGCUGCCCGACGGCGAGCGCCAGUAUUAUUCGGACGAGCGGAACGUGCUGGACUACAGCGGCAAGUCAGGGGUCAUCUUCGAGGAGCUGGAGGAUGGGGGGCUGGAGGAUGGCGACUGCGUGGAUGCCGGACCUGAGGACGCUCAGCAGCAUCGCUACGACGACGACUGGCUCGGGCAGCAGUCCAGCUGCCGCGCCGCGCCGCCUAGCCCGGCUGGCUACAGCGUGGCAGAGUGGAUAGAGGCCGUGAAGCGGGCGAAGAGAGCGGACGAGCGGGUGAUGGUGGUGAUGCAUCUCUUCGCUGGCCGUCGGCGGCGUGGUGACGUUCAGGAGGUGGUAGAGAGGCUGGCGAAGGAGCGGAACUUGAGGGUGCUCUUCCUUUCCGCCGAUCUCCUGGACGACCCGCGGUGGGACCUGGCCAACCCCUCCACUUUCUCCGCCUUGAUGGAGUUGUGCGAGGGCGGCUGGGUGGACAUCGUGCUGGGCGGCCCGCCCUGUUCGACCUGGUCGCGGGCGCGCUACAAUCGUCGCCGACCUGGCCCGCCGCCGGUGCGCUCGCGGCUGUGCCCCUGGGGUCUGCCAGGUCUCAAGGCCUGGGAGGCCGCGAGAGUCGCGGAGAGUAACACCCUGACGCUGAACUUGUUGGCGCUCUGCGAGGCGUGCGGCCAGAGUGGCGGCGCCUUCCUCAUCGAGCACCCGGAGGACCCAGGGCACGCGCCCUACCCAUCCAUCUGGAACACGAAUGAGAUGCUGGAAUUCGAGACGAGGCGCUCGCCUCGGAGAGCGUGCUUGGACCAGUGCAUGCUGGGCGGACGGACGAAGAAGCCCACAUGCCUGAGCGGCACGCUGCAGGGGCUGGAGGACCUGAAUGAGCUGCGGUGCGACGGGCCCCACGUCCACGAGUCGGCCGAGGGCAAGUUGGCCGACGGCACCUUCCGCACGAGCCCGCUGGCCCAGUACCCCGAGGGGAUGUGCGAGUCGCUGGGCAUCUUGAUUGUCCGGACCUUGGCCAUCUUCGAGCAGACCGGCUUGGGCGGCACCGGGUGGCGAAGGCCGCCAGAGGCCGACAGGGCGGUCACAGCAUGGGGCUCGCGGAGCACUACGGCACCAGCGGUGGCCGCGCGGAACGAGGACGUGCUUCGCGGCCGCGGGCUGGUGCUGGACGGGCCGCAGAUGGCCUUCUACCUGCGCGUCGACGACGGCGUGGUGAUGGCAGGGGGCAGCGGCUGCGGCCCACGGGCCACUGGGAAGAUGCACCAGCUGGCGGACGCCCUGGCCGAGGCCGGCUUCGUGGUCACCGACCGCACGGAGGCCAGCGACAUGCAGAAGGUGCUGGGCUACGCACCACAGGCGCGUCCAGCGCAGCUGCGCUUGCCUCCGAAGAGGGCACGGGAGCUGGUGCAGCAGCUGGAGGCGAUGGGCGCCACCCGCACCCUCCACACCGAGGAGCUGCGCUCGCUCUUGGGGGUGUGGAUCUGGGGCGAACUGCUGCGGCGCGAGCUGCUCUGCAUGCCCAGCGCCGUCUUCAGGCUCCUGGAGAGGUACCCGCACCAGCGGGUGAGCACCUGGGCGACCGUCCGCAGGGAGCUGCGGGCCAUGGCUAGGGUAGUCCCUUUGAUGUACGCUGACCUGGGAGCCCCGCCAGCGCCCGUGUAUUUCGCGGCGGGCGCCAUGGGCGCCAACGUGGAGGACGACGGUGGCUGGGGGAUCCUGGUGACCGACAUGAGCGAGGACAUCGCGAAGGACUUCAUCGACACGGGCGGCAACUUGGGCUACACCGUGGCGAGGCUGGACGGCGAGCUCACUGGAUUGCGGCGCCCCGAGCAGGUCAUCAGACGGACGAAGCCCUUCAGCCUCCUGCCCGAUCGCGUGUUCAAGCCCGACGAGGACUGGACGAUCGUAGGAGCGGGCAGGUGGCGGUCGGCUGACCACAUCACGCUGGGCGAGGGGCGCUGCAUCGUGAAGAUCAGCAGGCUGGCGGCCGCCACUCCUGCCCUUCACCGCACCGUGCUGCCGAUCCUGGAGGACAACCAGCCCGUCUCAGGUGCGGUGAGCAAGGGCAGGUCCCCGGCGCACCUUUUCAACCACCUGUUGCGUCAGAAGACCGCAGCAGGAAUGGCAUCUCGCACAAAGAUUUUGAUUCCAUGGGUGGAGACGCUCAGGCAGCCUGCUGAUAAGAUAUCGAGGAAGCUGGACAGCACUUCUGUUAAGAAGGUUAAGCCGCGCACCCUGGCGGCCUACAGGGCGGCGGCUAUGAAGUUCCCUAAUUGGGUUAUCAACCUGGGGGCCAAGUCGGGGACAAAGGCCAAUAGGAUGCAGUUCGCCAUUAUUUUGGAGCAGGGCGGAGUGCUGGAGAACCUCUUACACCGAGUAGUCUUGGGAACGCCGCCCGGGGGGCUCCUCUUUCCCUAUUCGCUCGUCGACUACAGGCAUCGGCUCAAGCAGUUUGAAGCAGCCUUGGGCCUCGACAUUCACUGGACGCCUCACUCGGCGCGCGCAGGGUUCGCCAGCGAUUCCGUGGCUCGUGGCGUCCCCUUCCAGGACAUCAAGGAGGCGGGGCGGUGGCUCACAGAGUCCAGCCUCCGCAUCUACGUGGACGUUGUCACCGCCUCCCGGGUCCUGGCACAGGCUGAGCAGCGAGGGAUCGCCCCGCUCAUCCGCGAGGCGGCCGAGAAGCUGCCCAACUACUUCCCGGAGGGCAUCUUCGGCGAGGGCGAGGGCAUCCAGCAUGCCGCCAGCGGGCUGGCGCAAGGGCCAGGACGGCGCCUGGCACUGGGCGCGCUGGUGGAUGGGCUGCCGGCGGGUCCGCAGCAGCCGGGGGAUGCAGCGGCGGGCGCGGGCGUGGUCGAGGCCGAGGCGCCAGCGCCAGCGGCCCCUGGCGCGGCAGCACUGAGGCCCCCGCAGCCGCUGGUGGCGCAGCCGCUGGCAGCGGGCGCGGCCGCGGGGCAGAGGCGCGCGCGCUGGAGCAGCUGGUCGCUGCUGCGCGCGGCCUGGCUCAUCGCGAGGUGGCGCGGACGCUCAACCUCGCGAGGAGUGACGUGGGUGGCGGUCGCCGCCUUGAUGAUCGGGCGGCGCUACGUUGCCGGGCCGCUCGCCCACCUCGGGGCCAUGAUGGGCGUCGCGGCCAGCGCAUCCGUCUCGGCUGGCAAGGUGGUCGACAGCAGCCUCGGGGCAGUCAUCACGGCUGCGCAAGGCGUGUCCGACUUCGCCGUGACGUCGCCCCGCAGCUCGGCGAGCCUCCUGCAGGAGGCCUGGCGCGGAGUGGACAUCACCGACCUUCACGUCCACCAGCGCCACGCCGAGCGGCUAGCGGACGACCCCGAGAUCCUGCAAGACUGGAUCCAGCGCGAGUUCCUGUCAGGCGAGCCCCGCCCGCCUGGGGCCGAGCAGGUCGCCACCGCGAUCUCUGAGGCUUCGGUGACCAUACCCCACAUGGCAGAGAGCUGGCAGAUGCUGAUCUGGCCCGGUCAGUACCGCGAGCUGCACAUGACGCUCGACUUGCUGCCUUCCGGGUUCUACGGAGUCCAUAUGGUCGAGAGGAUCGUCAACUUCACCGUUCAGUGGAGUAACCCGGUGUGGAGUAGCCUCGACUGCGACAUCACUUCAGAAAGAGAUACAGUCGUGGCUCAUGUCAACUCCACCCUGGCCGGGCUCCCGCUCCCUGAGAUCCGCUAUAUGUCCAUGACUGAUCGUGAAAUCCAGACUGCUAGGCUCCCAGGCGCCUGGAUCAACAUGGCCCGUAGGCUCUUUCGUGCUGUAUAUAUGGCAGUAAAGAGUGUCCUGCAGCUCGUUUUGUUCGGAGUUUAG